CAUCUCUCUACUUUCCUCUCUACUCCAACUCCUCAAAACUCCAUUUCCCACUCAAUCUUUCUCACACAUUUCACUCUACACCACUCACAUUCACAAAUUCAUCCUCAUUCCUCACCUCAAAACCAAUUAUUUUUGAUUUUUCUCAAAAACCCCAAAUUUUUAGGGUUUGGUUGAACAUUGAUUUUGUGAUUCCUUGUUGUGAUUAGAGCAUUGGAGUUUGCUUUUGGGUGAUCUUGUCUACCUCCCUUACUCGUGAUUUUUGUCCCUAAGAUUCAUCAUGAUGACCAAGCAUACAAAGAAGGGACCCAAUCCCCAAGCGAACAAGAGGAAGGCUAUCACUCCUCCGGCCUUCGAGACCUACGGAAUUGUUUUUCCGGAGCAACGGUCUUGGAGUUACUAUGAGGAAUUGUCUAAGCGGAACAUCCGCCCGACAAAGUUCUAUCACAAGAAGACCGUUCCGGACUUGGGGUUCGAAAAGGAGCUAAACGCUUUAAUUGCGGGGCUUGAGCUUGAGGAUUUUGUGACCAUGAAUGCCAAAACUUAUAAGAGGGUCACUCUUGAGGUUCUUUCCUCGGCUAGGAGGCGCCGGGUGCAUGACAAUGGAAAAGAGUUGGUUGAGUUUCAUUUCCAAGCUUUCAAUAAUCAACACGUGCUCACCGACGAGGCGAUCAAUGAUUUCUUUAACAUCAACCCGAAUGAUUUCUUUACCACUCACCCAAACCGGGGUUUGAUCGUUAAUCCCGUGGCGGAGUGUGUGGACAACUAUGAUGAGAAUGUUUGGUGGGGAGAGCUCACGGGAGAGGAGAAGAAAUUCAUUUCCUCCUCGGCCAAGUCUUCUUCUUUUCACCACCCCGCCAUCCGUUACUUGAAUCGCAUGCUCCUAUAUGCGGUCUUUGCAAAGGGGGCCACCGGAUCCUUGUCUAGUGCGGAACUUGGCGCCCUAUGGUUAGCCACGGAGAAGAAUGAGGGGAUCCUAGAUUUUGGGCAGCUGUUGAUCACCCGAAUCAUUGAGCAUCGGGAUGGGCAGCCGACUUGUGGGGAUAUUCUCUUAGGAGGGAUGCUCACUCUUCUCUUGAGGGCACUCCCCGGUGAUCCCUAUCAGGACAUCUUAGUUGAGUUGGAUGAGGUUCCCGGAGGGGAGUUCCUUGACUUGAGGACACUCUCCAAUGCCAAUUGGAUCAAGGCCACCAAGGACGACAAGUAUAUUUUGAUGGUAAAGCAGCUAGAUUGGUGCAUCCUCCCCAAUCCCGCCAUCACUUCUUGGACUCCUAAUGUCCGGUACUUGCUUCCCCGUGACCCGCGAUUCAUUGCCCAAGCACAGCGGCUUCCUCCUCCUCAACCCAAUCCGGAUUCUCCUCCACAUGGUCCUCCCCGUAGUCCUCCUAUCUUGGAGCCUUCCCCUAAUGAGGGUGGUAUGUCCUCUUCUUCCUCUCCUUUUGAUUUCCAAGGCUUCCAAUCCACCAUUGCGGCUAUCUUGCAAGGACAAGAGAGCCAAACUAACACCUUGGCUUCUCUUGCUUCACAAGGAAGCCGCACGGGGGAUUCUUAUCCCGAUUUUGACUCGUCCUACUACAGUAGGCGGGUGUACGAUUUUCAUGUUGACAAAGGGGAUUUUUCCCCCUAUGUCAACUAUCCCUAUCACCCUCCCCAACAAGGGCCCAUCCCUAGUUGGAAUGAGGAGCGUACACCUACCUACCCGUAUUGGACGGGCCCAUCCCAACCCGGAGUCACUCCUCCCUCUUUUCCGCCUUAUGAUUAUACCAUGAUGGGCGGGAGUGACUACCGAGGUGACCCCAUGUAUCCCACUCCCCCACCGGUUGAUCGGCCAAAAGGUUGGCCCGAGGAUUUCACCGGGUGGCCUAGGGGGUACAUGGGAGGUUGGGAUGGUCCCCGAGGAGAGCCUCCCCAUGGCAACUACCCCCUUCGGCCCGAAUAUGAUUGGCCGCCUUACACCGAUGCUUCGGGGCCCGACGUGGACCCCACCUACAAUGUCACCCCUUUCACCGACGAUGCGGCUUGUGCCCAUCGCCUUGAGCGGGAUGAAUUUUGGAGGAUUUAUGAUGCAAAGGGUAAGGCGCAUGCCCCGGGUCCUUCUUCUUAGGGUUCCCUCCUUUUCUCCCCCAUCUUGAUAUGAUGGUAUGCUUGAAAUUAGCUUGGGCGAGAAUUGCGGAGUGGGGGUUUUGCUUGGGAUCUUUUGCAGCUUGUUGGUGUUGAUGGUCUUCUUGCCACUUCAUGUGGUUGUCUAUUUAUGAUGAUGAUGAGUCUUUGAUGAUGUUCUUGGUGUGUUUUGGCCAUUUGGCCCUUGUCUACUAAUAAUUUUUCUUGCUUGUUUUUUAGCAUUGUUUUGGUAUGAUUCUUUGCGGUGGGUUCUCACUUUCCACCUUGUGCCUUGUCCGUCCAUUUUUGGUGAGUUUUUUCGGGUUUUAACGGGUCUUUGCGGGACUUGCUCCCACGAUACUUCCGGUAACAUCCUUCCGACUCUUAUGCAUUCUUUAGGGGACGGGCAUAUAUCAUGUUGGGGCAUUUGGGUGGAUGGGUAGUUGUGCCCCUCCUUGCUUAGUUUUAGGCCUUAAGGACAUGGUCUAAUUCUAGCUUGGGGGGAGUUUUGUUUGUGGAUGCCCACUUGUUGAUGCUCUUUGCUUUGAAAUCAUACCAAUACAUGUUUGUUUCUUUGUUUUCUUAAGUUUGAUUUAGCUUGAUUUUUAGUUUCUCUUCUUUUUCUUUGUGUUUGUUUCUUUUUGUUUCCUUUUUGGUGUGUUUUCUUAUUUUCUUCCUUUUCUUUUUUUUUGAUUUCUUUUUCGUCAAGGCAAGUUUUCUAGGUUUUCUAGGCAAUAUUCUUGAUUGGGGCAUAUAAAAUUGGAACUUGUAGAUUAGAAUGCUUUUAUUCCUAGUUGGUAGAUUUUUACACGGUUCUUAAUGUCUUGGGUCGAGUCUAGGAUUUGGUGUCAAGAAAGUUGGUUGAACUUUGGGUAGCAUGCGUCAUGAACUCUUGGCUUGUGGUAAGAUGGUGUUGAAUUCUCUAGUGAUUUGAAGCCGGAGAGAAUGGUAUUUGCUCCCUUGUGAGGUUCAUGUUCAAAUUAGCCCAAACACAUAUUCAUAUAUUCAUUUGAGUGGCAUGGAUCCUUAGCAUUGACUUUCUUGUCUCCCGAGUUUGACCAUUUCCUUCCCGAGACCGCGACCGAACUACUUUAGGGGACGAUAUAGGCAAUUCUUUCGGUGACUUUUUUUUCUUUUUAGUUUAGAACUUUAUUUUCUAUUUUUCUCAUAUGUUUUUGUUUGCACUUGCCCCAUUGCUAGCCAUUUGAGCCUUGACCCUUCAUUUCUUAUGAGCACAAUACAAGCCUAAUAGCCUUUGUUUUGUUUUCACCCUUAGAAGUGAUAGUGAAGCUUUGAGUUAUGAUGCUUGAUGUUUUGGAUUGAAUAUGCAAAGUUGAGAAAUGAAUGUUGUUUGGUGUGAAUGUUAAAGUUUUGGAAAAGUGUUGUACAUAGUGAAUAAUUGAUGCAAAAAGCAAAAAAAAUAUAGAAUUAAAUUCUGAAAAAGCCAAAAAUAGAGAAAAACAAGGCAUGAGAAAAGUUUCAAUUGAAACACAAAAAAAGAGAGGAAAAUCAAAUCAAGGAAAAAAGAACAAAAAGAGUUGUAGUUUAGAGUUGUUGUUGAAUAAGCUUGGGGGUAUCCCAAAUAAGUGGAAAAGUUUGUUUUCGGUUGAUUAUGCUUGAGUUGAGUUCUUAUUGCGCUUCACUUUAGGUAUGAGCACCAUAUCCCAAAUUUAUUCCGCACCUUACCCCUAGCCUACGUUACACCCUAAAAAGUACUCUUGGCCCUUUUGAGUUGAGUCAUUGUCGGUGGAGGGAGGAUUUGGUCAAGUUUAUGGAAUGGUAUUGUCAUGCUAAGAUGUCGGGUAGCCUAAUCUUGAUUUUCUGGCGCCUUCGCGGUGUCUCGAGACGCUAUUCUCAAAGGUGAAUAAGAUCUAGAGUUUUGACGUGGUAUGCUCGGAUGUAGGGGGAUUGACUAGUGUUUGCCUUUAGUUCGCUUUGCUUGAUGCUCGAAUCUUUCACUCGAUUUGGGACAUUAGUUAGCGUGUACUCAUUUAUUUGAUUAGUAAUAUUAGUGUUUUUCUAUGCUUGUUCCAUAAUAAAUCCCCCAUCUUGGAUUUUGUAGUUUAAUUUCUUUUCUUUUCUUCUUUUCUUUCUCUCAUUUCUUGAUUUGCGUUCUCCAUUUUUAGUCUUGCCUUGAUUAGAUUUGCUAGAUUUAGAUUUUGGUAAAUUUUAGAACUUGAUAGGUUGCUCAUUCUUCCCUAGUUGAGUUUUGUUUGCUAGAGACUAGCAAACGCUUAGCUUGGGGGAGUUUGAUGAGCGGCAUUUAUGUCGCUCUAGGCUAGGAUUUUAUAGAGUUUUAUUAUGCUUUUUUUGUUAGUUUUAUAUAGUUUUGCUGUUCUUUUAUUCCCCUUUUCCAUCUUUGUGGUUUUCAGGUGAUAAUGUUGAAAAUGAUGGAAAAACAGCUGAGAUUUGCUCGAGCAGGUGCCGUGCGAUCGCACGGACAUUUUGUGCGCUCGCACGAGUCUACAGAGUUGGCUCCAAAAGUCAAGGCAGUGUGUGCGCUCGUGCCUCAAAUUCGUGUGCUCGCACAAAUCCGGAAAAUCGAUGCAGGAACUAUGAGUGAUUUUGUGCGAUCGCACCGCAGAGGAGCCCGCUCGCACGGAAUUUCAGUGGGCUCGCACUAAAUUCCUGUGCGAGCACACAAGGAUUUUCUAAGAUUUAGCCAAGUUACAGCCGUGCGAUCGCACGGUUAUUGAGCAUGAUCGCACGGCACGAAGGAGAAGAAUCGUCGCAGGGCCCGUUCGCAUUGAUGCACAGCACGAUCGCACCUGGGUCUGCACGUUCGCACGGCUGCGCGGGAUUCAGUUUUCGAGUUUAAAACUCUUAUUUUUGGGGUUUAGUAUAAAUAGGAUUUUUGAUUAUUUUCAUUUUACGCUUUCAUAUUUUACAUUUCAUAUUUUUACACUUUCAAUUCUAGAGGUUUUGUGAUUUUGUUCUUCAAUCUAGAGAGAGAAACUCUUUAAUUCCAAGCAUCAAUUCAGUAAUUUUCUUCAA